UAUUGUAUGAAGUUUAGUUAUCUGAUAAUGACUUAACAAUUGGUAUUGGAAUGGAAUUACAUCAAAAUUUCAUACAAUCAAAAUAUUAAUCUUCUUAAAUUAUUUUAUUUAGGAUAAUAUCUUAAUGGAAAGAAAUUUGGAAAAUGGGACACUUAAUUUAAAUAAAGGAACAAUAAAGAUUAUCAAAGCAUGUAAGUUUCUAAAAUAAAUUUUAUUAGAGGUAAAGGAAUUAUGAUGGGUAUGGAAUGAAGACUGGAAAGU